GAUCUCGAUAUGUCCGAAAGUUCAAUUUAUACAACUCGGCUCAUGUGUAGGUAUCGAAAAUUAUACUUAUUAAAAUUGUAAGUACAUUAAAAUUGCCUUACAUAAUACCUAUUAUUGAAAUCAAACAGUGUGACUAAGAAUCGUGAAUUGCAAGUGAUCAUUUCGUCCUAUAAUCACAGUCUGUGAAGGCGAUUCACAAAUACUUCACUUUUUGUCACUAGACAAAGCCAUGACAAUCAGUUCCAAUCAUGACGUUGUACUAAGUGCACAUUUAAAAUGUUAUUUAUACUGCUAUUCUCGAACAUAGUGUUUAUUGCGGUUACCGGCGAGGAUUCGACGAAAAUUCACAAGCCGUACGCAAUACCCUUUCCUUUGGAAUUACCCACACGGAACGAUCGUUCCGAGCAGUGCUGGUUGAGAAUCGAGGAUGCUGAUAUAACUGAAACUAUAACUGUGUACUGUCAUAUAGCACAAUCGUUUCUGAUCAAUUUCAUUCGUGAUUACAAUUCGCAGAAGAUGAUGGAAGAUACCGUGUAUGUCAGCCUCUGGAGCGAAGAUCCGAGACCUCUUGACAGCAAUCUUGUUCCUAAUAUAAGUGAUGACAACAUUGUGGAUUGGAAGCUAACCACAAUUAUGGACCCAACGACGCAUCGGCGACUUUACGUUACGAAGAACGCUGAAUGCAAGCUCAUCAUGUACAGCCGCGAAGGAAUGACCAACUAUGAAGUUGAUUGUGAAAAAAUUCUAUAUUUCGUUAACAUUCAAAUGAAUAGCUCUUCAACUAGUGCCGGCAAUAAAAUAUCUGUGAUAACAUUUAUAGUUAUUCUACUUAAUAGCUUUUGAAUA